AUGAAACAUUUCUUCUCAUUGUGGCGACAAUACACACCAGAGCAAAGUCGCAAACAAGAUUUUGACGAGGAAGACGACUAUAACGACGAGGCCAAUGGCUAUCUCCUCGACAAACGACUCCGAAAGCUGGCUCAGUCUACGCAACACUGGAGACGCAUGGCUCCAUGGCUCUUGUUUCACGGAGCGAUCGUGGCCACCUACAUUAUUCUUAUUCCAUAUAUCCUGCCCGUAUCCUAUAUUCAACGUCGACAAAGCUGCGUGUCAAAGUUCAAUUACUACUCACCGAUAAAUGAGGCGAUAAAAGAGGAAUACUUGCACGUCAGGUUCAACGGGUCUCUAUGGUACGACUCGCCUUACAAAGGACCGCCAACUCCCGAGGUCGAACAAGCGUGGCAAGAUCUCAUGGCAUACGGAACCAUUAGCGUCACGGCCGACGACAUCACCCGUAUCGGGCACAACCUCACCGCGGUGCAGUUUCCCGAGGCCGCUGGGGGCGGCUAUCUCGCCGUGGCAAUGGGAACGCACCAGAUACAUUGCUUGCACUUUGUCUGGCAAGACCACCACAUUGCCUCGUUUCCCACGACGCAGGCAAACAAGAAGGGCGCCUCGGAAAUGUAUGAGCGACACUACGAGCACUGCAUCGACUACAUUCGCCAGACGCUCAUGUGCAACUUUGAUCCGGGCAUCAUCCCUUACUACUGGGUGAGGAAACACAACCAGCCUACCCCAGACGGCAACACGCGACACAAGUGCGUCAACUGGGACGCUUUGCAGUCCUGGUUGAAGAAACGAGCAGUGCAAGUCCCUGACGGGUUCGAGUGGCAUCAGCCGCCGGAUGCUGUGCCGCUGCCCGAGAACCCAUAG